AUGAAGAGGGUGCUGCUCCCCAUCCUGGCUCUCUGGGUGGGGUGCUGCCCUGGAGGGGCCUUGGCCAAGCAAGUCCUUGGCCCGAGAGGGCCCGGGGUUCGGCCAACCCCCACAGGGCUGCCCACCCUGCAGCCGCCACCACCCAGCGCAUCUGGGCCCCCAGACGGGCUGGCGCAGAGGGAGAGCAAGCAGAUUCACCCUGAGGCUGCCCACCUCAUGACCCCCCAUGAGUGUUCCAUUCAGGGCCACAAGGGACCCAUGAGCCUCAGGGAACCCAUUCCUGGAAGGGGAGAGAAGACACCCCCUUGCCAAGAGAGGCUGCUGCAGCUGGAUCUGGAAGAAUGGACCCAGGUUUGCUGGUUGAAGAGUACAGUUGGCUGCCCUAAUGCCUACCAAGGGGACCAGGAGAAGCGUGGGAGGCUGGAAGCGGAGGACCCGCCCAGGCCCAGGGGUGGGAUGGGAGGGGCCCAUGAGGGGACCCAGUUCCCUACCCACUGCAGACAGCAGGACUUGCAGGACAGGACCAUGGCAGUGGAGCCUCCACCUCCAGGAGCAAACUGUGUCAUGUGGCACCUACCCUUCAUCUUCCCAGAGGGUCAAGUGCGACCCAUGCUCAUGAACAGGAGCCCGGACAGGACUGACAAUGGGCAGCUGGACAGGCCACUGCUGUGGCCCACCUCCAAGGAGGGGGCCCCCGGAGCCCCCACCCAGCCCACAGCCCCUCGCUGGAAGCUCCUCGCCAGACCCGGGCUGACCCAGAGGAAGUCGACACAGCCAGCAGCCUGGGAGCACAAACAGAGCCGCAACCAUGGGGCAGGCACCAUGCAGGUCCACCCCCAUGCCACAGAUACAGCCAGGCCUGGGGUGGCAAGAACCCCCCAAGCCCAAGAGGGUGCCGUGGCUGCCAAGAAGGGCCAGGGUAGGCAGGUUGGAGGCCAGGAAGCCAAGAAAAGGGGCCCAAAGACCCAGAGGUCCCCCAAAGGGGCCCCCCAGCAACCCAGGCCAGCAAGCUGGUGUGAGAAGAAGGAUCAUAGCCGAGGCGAAGUGGGCAGCAACACCUCCGAGACCACAGCCUCCUGCCUCCUGGCCCAGGCGGCCAUUGCCUGCGGUAACGUCAAGAUGAAACAUGUCCCUGCCCUGUCUGACCCUGGCCUGACCACGCUUUACUUGGCAGAGAAUGAAAUUGCCAAGAUCCCAGCCCACACAUUCCUGGGACUACCCAACCUGGAGUGGCUCGACUUGAGCAAGAAUAAGCUGGAUGCCUUUGGCCUGCACCCCCAUGCCUUCAAGAAUCUGACACGGCUGAAGCGGCUGAACUUGGAUGGGAACUUGCUGUCCACGGUGCCAGCCUUGCCCGCCUCCCUGCAGGAGCUCAAACUCAAUGACAACCUUCUUCAGGGCCUGGAGCACAGCAGCUUUCAAGGUCUCAGCCAGCUGCUGACGCUGGAGGUAGAAGGGAACCGGCUACAUGACGGAAACAUCUCCCCCCUGGCCUUCCAGCCCCUGCGCAGCCUGCUGUACCUGAGGCUGGACCGGAACCAGCUUCGGACCAUCCCACCCGGCCUGCCGGCCUCCCUGCAGGAGCUGCACUUGGGCACAAACGUCAUUGAGGAGGUGAGAGAGGGCACACUGAACCACAGCCGCAGCCUCAGCGUGCUGGUUCUCAGCAACAACCGGCUCCAGGAGGACCGACUGGCACCCCGUGCUUGGAUCGAUCUUCCGAAGCUGGAGGCCCUUGACCUGUCCUACAACCAGCUGGUGCACGUGCCCUCCUUCCUGCCCCGGGGCCUUCGCCACCUGACGCUGCACCACAACCGCAUCGAGCGCAUCCCCGGCUACGUGUUCGCGCAUAUGAAGCCCGGCCUGGAGACCCUGCACCUGGCCCACAACAGCCUGCGUGAGGACGGCAUCCACGGCGUGUCCUUCCUGGGCCUGCAGGCCUCCCUGGCUGAGCUGCUCCUAGACCACAACCAGCUGCAGGCUGUCCCAAGGGGUCUCCUGGGCCUCCGGGCACUGCAGGUGCUGCGUCUGAGCCACAACAAGAUCAGACACGUGCCCCUGAAUUCCAUCUGUGACACACGUGUGGCCCAGGACUCCAACCUCAUCUCCACUCACCUGGAGAACAACCUUAUUGACCGGCGCCGCAUCCCACCCACUGCCUUCUCCUGCAUCCGGGCCUACCAUAGCGUGGUCCUUGAGCCCCAGCAGGGGGAGGGGGAAUCUGCCUAGCCCCACCGCCAGCCUUCCCCGCCCCCUUCUCUUGGGGGACUGGAGGUGGCAGGGGCCUAGGCCCAGCUCCGAUGGAUUGAUGCACCACUGGAAGAAAGUUCUAGAAGACCCUGCUGCUUCAGAUGUGCCCAUGUCCCAUUGACUGCCAAGGCCCCUUCACUCAGUAGAUGGCCCAGCCUGGUACGGUGCUGGUUUGGACUUGAACAUAAUAAAUAAAU